AUGCCAUACUGGGACGACGCAAGUGGCGCAAUCCACAACAUCUCCAAUGCAACACCGCGAAAUCUAGAUGCAGCAUACGCGAAGGGCUUUGAUGUUGAGACUGGAGCUACGCAGGGCCAGCAACAGCAACAGCAGGAUCAAGUUGCGGGUCUUCAAACUUAUGGUCAACAUCAGUGGCAUAAUCCGUAUGCCGAGAUUGUUGGCGGUGGACCGUAUGCACAAGGUCAAGUAACGCCUUCAGCAUCUACGCCACCGAAGAACACAUCUAGGACCGCUGGCAAAGACAACAAGGGCAAUAGAAGGGAUUUCACCCCCUACUUCGACGCCGCAGACCCGCGGAACCACACCGACCUGAGGAGUCCAGAUAAAUACAACUUCCUCGGAACGAAAGAUGUGAAUCAGAAGAUGCGCCAGGACACCACCGAUGCGAUCAAGCUAGCAACAGAGAAGCGUGGAAAGAUCAAGGCAGAUCAGCCAUUACAAUCGCUACCUGAACAUGAGCCAAAGACGGCAGUAAAGAGGAAGAGCGCGCCUCUUCCGCCAAUUCUGCCUAGAUUCAACUUCGAGAACCCGGCAAUAUCGCCGAAGCUGGCGAAGUCUAGAACAGCUUCGUUUAGGAAGAGCGCAGAAAUCCCAAUCCAAUACACGACCCCUCUUUCCGCGAUCAACGAAGCACCGUCUCCGCUCACCAAAUCAAGCAAGCGCCGAAGUGUCGACCGCACACCCACGCUCGACCGCGUCCUCGCCCUCCGCGCAGAAGAACAAGCGAAAGCGCUCGCGAAACUCGAGGGCGAUGUGCUAGAAGACAAGGUUGUUGACGACGGCGAACAACAUAUUCCCCGCGAGUUGGUCAAGCGGAUAAGCGACUCGAAAAGCCAGCGUAUCCCCAGAGUAACCUCCCGGGAAGAGAAGCGUCAUGCGUCCGAGUUUAUUCCGGGUAUGGAGGUAGCGGGACUGGAUGAGCGGGAGGAGGUUUGUAUGAUGGACGAUCCGGCUGUGCAGAUGAAGAAGGAGGAGGUGGAGGAUGGUGCGGGUAGUAGUGUGUAUAGCAGUGAGAAUCGUGUUCAGGAAGAUGAGAUCGAGCAGUUAACAAAGGCGAUAGCGGGGUUGAGGCCGUUCCAAGAUCUGCCGCUUCCGUCGUCGUCGCCGAAGAAGAAGGCUUUUGAGCGGAUGAGCGCUGUGCCGGUGGGUUUGGACGUGGGGAGAAUUGGAAGGGGAAAAGGGAGGUUGGAGGAUACGGCUGGAUUGAAGCUAAAGCCGGAGGAACUAGGUGGACGGACCCAAGUUGAGGCGGAAGCGGAGCUUCUAACGGUACUCAAUGCGACGGAUGAAGGGACUGGUGAGGGUAGCGCGGGCGUGGGAACGUCGCAGGAGAACUCAUCAGCGGAGUCUUUUGCGACGGUUUCUUCGGAUGAUUACGAACAGAUUCGGGCGGAGGAUGAGCUGGCGUCGGAGCAGAAUGGCGUGAAGAGGCGGUGGUACAAGGGUUUUCGGAAGGUUUGA